AAAUGAUUAGGCAAUGUACCACUCUGUCAAAUUCAAAGAACAUACCUGACACUUCCUGUGCGAUUUUGUGUACGAGGUAUUUGUGUUUUUCCUAGCCAUUUUGUUUGUUUCAGUUGGUGCUAAAUAUAUUUUGGACGCCGAAUGUUAAAUUUCGCAGUAGGCUAUGCCUCCCAGUGGAGAUGAAAUGAGCUUUGUGGUAAAUGUGACGGAUUUCAUAUUUCUGGAGUAGUCCAAAUCGUUGGUCACGCCUCGUGGAAGGCUGGGUUACGUAGCUUUCGUAAUGGCAUGGCUGAUCGGUCAUAUAUGAGGCCCACCUGAGGGCCGCCGUUGCCCUCUUGCACACCCCUCCCGCCUGGCCUCCCCGCCAGCAUGUACCGGAGGGACGGCCUGUCGGAUGGAGCCAGCAUCACCUCUGCCACCUCGGAGUGUAGCAGCAGCACCGAGUCUCUCGAUGGGCCCGGUCUGGACUAUGCCAAGAGCUACGAUGCUGUUGUUUUCGACGUGCUUAAGGUCACACCAGGAGAGUUUGCAAGUCAGAUCACACUGAUGGACGCCCCAGUGUUCAAGGCCAUCCAGCCCGAGGAGCUUGCCAGCUGUGGGUGGAACAGGAAGGAGAAGCACAGCCUGGCGCCUAACGUGGUGGCUUUCACACGCCGAUUCAAUCAGGUGAGCUUCUGGUUGGUGAGAGAAAUUCUCACAGCUCAGACACUGAAGAUUCGGGCAGAGAUCCUGAGCCAUUUUAUCAAAAUAGCAAAGAAACUAAUGGAGCUGAACAACCUUCAUGGCCUGGUAUCUGUGGUCUCUGCCUUGCAAAGUGCACCAAUCUUCAGACUCAGUAAGACCUGGGCGUUGAUUAGCCGCAAGGACAAGGCCACAUUCGACAAGCUGAAUUAUCUGACUUCUAAGGAGGAGAACUACAGUCGCUUGAGGGAGUACAUCAGGUCUCUGAAGAUGGUGCCAUGCAUCCCUUACUUGGGGAUGUACCUCCUGGACAUGAUCUACAUCGACUCGGCCUAUCCCGCGUCAGACAGCAUCUUAGAGACGGAGCAGAGAACCAAUCAGAUGAACAAUCUUCUGCGGGUGAUCUCAGAUCUCCAGGUGUCCAGCAAGUACGAUCACCUUGUGACCCUUCCCCAUGUGCAGAAGUACUUGAUGUCAGUGCGCUACAUUGAGGAACUUCAGAAGUUUGUGGAGGAUGACAACUUCAAGUUGUCUCUGAAGAUUGAGCCAGGAAAUAGUUCACCACGCAUGGCCUCGUCUAAAGAAGAUCUUGCAGGUCCCUCAGAGGUGUCUGCUUCUGUGAGGUAUAACCGCCGCAGGCCCACCUGCCCCGACGCAUCAGUGGCCGUUUACUUGCCCACCCCUCCCCCCUCACGCCACAGAAAGAGCCACAGCCUCGGCAACAACAUGAUGUAUCAGUUUGGUGUUGUGGAGAGCAAGAGUGCUACAUUACCCUUUGAGAAAGCUCGCCACCUGCUGGACGACAGCUUCUUGGAGUCUCAGAGUCCUGCUAGACACAACCCCGCCAACGCAUCCUUCACCAAUGGCUUAUCGCUUGCAGACAGCAGUGAAAGCUCCUUCUAUGAAGACUUGUCAUCAGGAGUAGAAAGGGGGCGCAUGUACGCCACGCUAGGCCCCAACUGGAGGGUCCCCCCACGCCUUCCCCCCAAGAGCUGCAGUUAUAUCUACAGCCCCUCGCCACUGGACGCUGUGUGCGGAGCCUCGGAGGCGGGGAGCGUCACCAUGGAGGGUCCCCUGAGACGGAAGACCAUGCUUAAGAGGGGCAAGAAGCCCAGGCUGUCAUCAUGGACACGGUACUGGGUGUCUCUCUCCGGCUCGACCCUGAGCCUCUACGGGACCAAAGCGCUGCGGGCCUCGGAGAGAAAGCAUUACAAAUCUGCUCCCUGUAAAACAAUGUCCGUAAUUGGCUGGAUGGCGGUUCUGCCAGACAACCCGGCAAGGCCCAACAUCUUCCAGUUGAACGACCCAGACAAAGUCUUUCCUCUCUCUCUCCGAAGGGAAUGUUUACAAGUUCCAGACGAGUUCCAGGUUCUCGGCCAUCCUCUGGCACAAAAGCCUGGAAGAGGCAAGCAGGAGCAACAGACCCAAGACACCAGCCAAUCUCAUGUCCUUUGAGUGAAAAGGAAUGCCCCCUUCACCCGUUCCUCUCUCCAAAUAAAAGCCCCCUUCUCUGCCUUUCGGGGGCACAUCAGUGCCAAAGCUCUUUGAUGACGACGGACACGCGUGGACACCCAGGCGGAUGGGUCAGAGAGGAGCACGGAUGGAUGGAUGGAUGUGUGUGUGUGUGUGUGUGUGUGUGCUGGCAGCAAGCAGAGAUGGACAGACCGGCUCUUGGUAUUGGCUGCUGCUGCCGCUGCUGCUGCUGUGCUUGCGAUACAUGCUGAAGGUCUCCCCGUCAUUAGAGGACAAGUCCUGAACACACACCUCUUAUCUUAGCCCACCCCAAUCCCCCUCCCCCAACCUUAUAUGGACGCUUUCUGCCGUUGUGUAUGUGAGUGUGUGCGAAGACGUCUGCGUGUACAUGCCUCUACUGCAAAAUGUGAAUGAGCACGUGCUACUGUAUAGCCCAUGUUGGGUUGCUUAGAAGUAUAGUUGGAUGUGAUGCAUAAGCUAACUAGGGAAGACAUUUGUUCAGUGUUAGUUGAGAGGACGUCUGCCAAAAGUCUGGUAUUGGAUAAAAUGGAGACGCACCCCUGGUUGUAUUUUACUAGACUAUUUUUUAAUAGUCUAAUGCUGAUCCAACAGAUUCACCUGCACAAUAUUUAUUUGUAAAUCUGGAGGUACUUAGGAAAAUACUUAAGGAAAAAACGUAAAUCCAUUCUUGGAAAAACUUGAAAUUUCCGCUCAUCAUCUCAUGUGUAAGAGUCAUAUGAACUGUCUGCACAUGACAAUUGGGACAUGAAACUUGAAUUUGCUCAAUAAUUAUGUAGUUAUUACUUGCACUGAGACAUAGACAGUCUUGUGUUACAAAAUGGUUUGCUCUGUCUUAAUCUCCAUUAUAGCCUUAAAACUGGACAGUCACAUCAACGUCAACUCUGCAUUCUCCAGUACAGGCAUGUAAAACAGGACGAGAGCAAUAAAUGUUCAUUUAGCUCCACAAAUGCACCAGUCCUGGUUCCACAAAGUAAAGAUCACCUAAGAAAAAAUGAAUUUGUUUGGGACAGUCACGCGUCAAGGUGGUGUCUGUUAUACCACACAUUAAGAAAACAGUGUAUUGGUUUUACUUUAAAACAUUCAGUACUGCCAGUAUGGUGGUGCAAGUUCUGUACAGCUGUGAACAUAGUGUCACAUUUUGGGCCAGGACAAAACAAGUUUGUCAACUGAAGAAAAGUCAUCAAUCCAGUAAGCCAUUACUAGAACUGAUGCAAACCAAGCUGUUACUGUGAAGAAACUGUCAGUGAGAUUGGUACCACAAGUUUAUUAAGCUACUUUUUGUUGUUUGUUUCCAUUGUGAGCUUAUUAAUGAAUGCAGUAGCAGUGUUACAAAGUGAUUUUGUUUCAUAUCACUGGAAUGUGCUUUUGGAAAUUUUGUUAAGCUACAUUAGUUGUUCACCUUAAAUGUAAGGAAGAUAAAAAAAAUCUCAAUGAAGAGUAAUGGAAUAGUUUAGUUAGUGAAGGCUCUCUUUAACAGUCUUCAUGGAACUGGCAAUCUAGCAUCGAAGGAAAAAUGUAUCUAAAUUGCCUGUAAUAUUGUAAACGGGCUAACUUGCUGAUUGACUGAUUAAAAUCCAAAUGAAGUAAAAAAUUGCCAUUGUGCUAUGCAUGGUGUCAAAAGGCCUUCCAUUAAGUGUUUCAAGGCUAAUUUGAGACAAUCAGAAUAACUCUUUAACGGUGUGUUCUGAAUGUAUGGAUUUAGGUUGUGUUUUUAUUUAUUUUUAUAUCAUUGUAACCACUCCUCUGUGACUUAGUGUUUUUUUGUUUUUAUAUAAAUAGUGGCGUGCCACAUGAACAGGCUUGAAAAAUAAUGCUUUUUGUGGAAGCUGUACAAAGUGUAGGCAUUUGCACAGACACCGUUAGGAUAGACACAUCCUUGCAAGCAUCGAUACAUACACACACAAAAUGCCCUCCUCUUUGUAAGGUGUGAUACACUGAGAACUUCAAUAACCAGAUCUUUCACAAAACCGGGUAUGAUCAACAAGACUGCUGUAGUUUUGGAUUGCCUCUACAACACACAUCACACAGCUUAAACUUUCUCACAUCACAAGUUGCUUUUAAGUUAUGUUUUUCCUGAUAGAGGUCUGUAAGUUUAUUGCUGCCAUUAGCAGAUAGUCUCCUGCAUUAUUGACCGUAAAUACUAAAUAUUUCCUCUACAGACACAUAUCCCAAUAAGCAAUAGCACGAUUGACACAGUAUAUUUAGUUAAUUUCAUGAAUUGCCCCUGAAAUGUGAUGUCCUGUCUCAAUGAAAAAGGCAUCAAAAAAAUGUCCGUGCAGGCCCUGAUUAACUUGCAUUUAAGUAAAGCUAACUUAUUCUCCAAGGGAAACCUGCCAUUACAGAGUGUCCUACUAAGUAUGACAGCAGUGCCAGAAAGUUUAUUUUUGUUUUAUUCAUAUUGGUUAGGAUCAGCUACCACCACUACCACCAAACUGUACUUUUCUCUAAACAGUCUUGCUGAAAUAUAAAUAUAAGUGUAUUUAUUAAUGUAUUUUGUUUUGAUUUUUUUACUUCAUAUUUGGACAUGUGUGUUUAUAUAAUUGUUUAUAUUUUGUCUAAACAUAUCUACAUGAUGUAGUAACGUGACAAUGCAUGUGACUUGUGUUCAACUAACACUUUGUAUUGCCAUUUUACUUUGUUCAAUGCCUCUUCAUUUGGGGGUUGUAGUACAGUAUGUUGCUGUAUAUCAGCUUUAAAUGACACUGAAUUGUGUAUUAAAUGCCACUUAGCUAUAAGA